UGUCAGUGUUCCAAGAAGCAAUAGUAACUGGAAUUUGAGCCCAUAAGCAAGAUCGUCUGGUUUGUCUAACCCCAACACAAAGAAAGAAGGGAGGAUUCGCUUCCCUGACCACAGAAAAGUCGGAACCUUUUUAUUUUGACCCCCCGCUCCAGUUAAGUUCUUCACCCCAAACUAGUUUUUGGCACUUCUUCCCGCCAAAUUCUCUAGCGCCAGUCCAAAGGUUUGGUGUUUAUGGAGUGCAUUGCAAAGAAAUGCACGUGGUAAAGUGCUCGCUCUUCUCGUAGCUUGAUGGAUUAUUAUUUAGCGCCAAGUUCGACAAUAUAGGAAUAUUACGAAUGCCCCAUUAAUUGAAGAUAUUUCAAGAAAACGGAUUUGCGACUACGAAGACGACAUGGAUUGCAACAUGCUGCGAGAACAAAUGUAUUCUUUCGACUUAGAUUCAAAAUAUGCUGAUAGUUUUCCUGAUGGUCUCAACGAGGAACACCGUUUUUUGCCCAAUAUAGAAAUUCCUAUUCGCAGAACAAAUAGCCUAGAUGAUAUAUCCCGGUUUUAUCGUUAUUUUCAUUUACUUCAAACCAAUAAAGGAAUGCUAUUUACUUGGAAACAUUACUUGAAGAUUUUACAGGAUCAACUAAAAAAUUUCGAGACAUUGACUAUCUUAAAUAAAGCAAUGCUUACUUUUAUUUCGAACAUUUCACUUGACCAAACAGGCUAUUUUACACCUGAGACAGGAUAUUCUUCUUCACAAGAAAGGACCCCUUCAACAACUAUUCCAAAGAAAUUAAUUUUUGAUGAUUCGGAGUGUACUUCGUCAGCAGAAGAUGGAUCAAGUGUUAUAACUGGAAGUAAUACCAAGAAUAUUCAUAAAUCUCGAUUGUUAAAGAAAAUCUGUUUAGAAAUGAGAAGCUUAGCUCAAAAUAUAAGCAAGUUUGUUGAUGUUAUUGGCCAUUUACCUGAGAAUUGUUCAGAAUGUGGUGUAGCUUUGGACAUUCAAAAGUACAAGCAGCAGUGUCAACAUGUCAUCGAAGGUGUUGGAGAUACUGUUGACUGUUCGAAACAUAACAAAAUAAAAGAUAAGAAAAAGAAAUCUCUCAGCUUCAUGUCCAUCUCAUCGGUUUUCUCAGUGAGAUCUUCAAGAGGAGAAGGCGAAUUAACUUCCAAGCUGAAAGUGGGAAAAAGCAAUACUCCGAAAAAGGGUUCCUUGAAGCACUUUGCUAGUCUUUGUUCGAAAUAUGUCAGAAGAGUUUGAAUGAAGUUUAAAAGAAGAGUUGCUAAUGAAGUCUUUCAAAUUUUAUGCUAUCAGUAAAGAAUGCAGUUUGUUUUGUUUCGAAGAUUGUGUGUAUAUUUUUAAUUUUAUUUUACUGAUUAUCAGUUUUUAAUGACGUCAUAGGAUUAAGUUUAAAUGUCAAGAAAUGUCAAGAAUGUCAUGUUAAAUGUCCGAGAUGUCAAAAAAAAUAGAAGAAUGAAAGGUAUUCUCAAUUUCAGCUCAACAAUAUGCUGGUCUAAAAAAUACAAUGAGGUUAUAACAUUGGUCAGCAAAUAUCACCAAAAAGGCUAUAUAGAUGGCUGACUAAAAACUGUUGAUCAAACAAAAACUAUUGUUUUAUUCCGAAUAUUUCUCUUACUGUUGCGUUUAUUAAUACAUUAAGAAUAUCAUU